UUUGUCUAGAGGUGAAUUUGAGGACUUUGGGCAACAGGAGUUAAGGUUCUGCAGUUGAUGGGAGUAAGGUAUCAAGUCAAAUGUAGAAGUUUUUAGCAGACAAAAGAAUAGAACUAGUGUUUCAGUAAUGGGGGGGUGGAUAUAGAGGGGGCUUUAAGAUGCAGAGAAGCUGAGGGCAAUAAAUUAGGAAUUGGGUUUGGUGAUUCCUUGGAGCCUUGCAUGAAAUAAAGUUUGGUGACCUCAGAAGAUGGAGAGGCCCAAUGGUGGGAUUUGAGGUUUGGUGAUGAAAGGUCAGGUGUAGAAGACAGCAGUGCUGAAGUACCAAUUUGGAGCUUAGAGAUGGGGAGUAGAGAGGUAGGUCUAAGGACUUUAGGAAAAAAUUAGGAAUUGAGGAUUGCUGUGAAGCUGGAGUUACUGAUGAAAUAAAGGUUUUCAGUAGGUCAGUCUCUCACUGGUCUCUUUAUGUCCUCAUAGCUCAGUAGCCUGGUCUAGGCAGGUGCCAUGGCCCUGAUUGAGGGGGUGGGGGACGAGGUGACUGUCCUUUUUGGGGCACUCCUCUGUCUCCUGGUGCUGGGCCUGGCCUGGAUCUCCACACACACCUCAGAACAAGGCGAUCUGCUGCCCCCGGACUCAGGGACCCCCUCCCCAACACAGUCCAGAGAGGCUGCAGUAGCCACAGCCAGCAACAACCAGGAUGCUUCAGGAUCUGAGGCUCCCACUCUGAGACACCGAGUACCAAGCUUACAGUCAGAGCCUGGCAGAGUGUCCCCUGAAGCACCACCCCCCAGCUCUCAGCCAGGACCCUUGGUGCUUAGGCUGAAGUUUCUCAACGAAUCAGAGCAGGUGGCUAGAGCCUGGCCCCAAGAUACCAUUGGCUCUUUGAAAAGGACCCAGUUUCCAGGCCAGGAACACCUAGUUCGGCUCAUCUACCAAGGGCAGCUUCUAGGAGACGAUGCCCAGACCCUGGGCUCCCUUCACCUCCCCCCCAACUGCGUUCUCCACUGCCACAUUGCCCCGAGAGACGGUCCCCAACACCUCGGCUGCCCACCAGGGUCAGAGACAGACCCCUCGGGGUUGGGGGUGGGCAAUCUGCUGCUCCCCCUGCUGCUUCUCAUGCUGACACUGCUUUGGUACUGCCAGAUCCAGUACCGACCUUUCUUUCCCCCAACCGCCACGCUGGGCCUGGCCGGCCUCACCCUGCUGGUCAGUCUCCUGGCCUUUGCAAUGUACCGCCGCUAGUGCCUGCCCGAGCGCAGGGCCAAAGCCACCCUGGAUCCCGUUCUCCUGGGCACAGUGGGGGCUGCUGCCUCCCUAGGCCUGCAGCUCGCCCAUGUCUCUUUCCCCUGCCUUGGAGCCCAGCUCUACGGAGGGAGCUUCGAGGGUCCUCGGAACCCUCCCCGUGUGACCAGCACUGCUCCCGGCUGGCUCAUGGGACCGCUGGAGCUCACCCUCCACUGACAGCAGCCUCCUCCCAGCCGGGCAGCUGUUGCCCCUGCCUGGGGGUGCAGGGCCCGCCCAAGGCUUUGGGCCCCCAGAACGCCAGGCCCACCCAUUCGCCUUGAGUGCUGCCAAUGGCCCCCAGAGCAGCUCUGCAAGAGUCCUGGGGCUUGCUGGCAGGACUGAGCUGCCCUGGUUCUUUGGAUAGACUUUUCCGACUGAAAGCAAAAAUGUGAACGUAACUUUGCGGGUUGUGAGUGUACUAGAGUGGAGGAGCUCAGCUCCCGGGACCCUGAGGACCCCGUGGCCCCCUGUAGCCGGACAGCCCGGGGAAGGAAGGGAGCCCCUUGGCCCCAUUCCCUGCGCAAACAUUGAGCAGCUGUGCCCCCGGGGGCGGGUAACCUGCCCCUGGGCCUCAGUUUUUCCCCCAUGUAAGAGGGGAUAAGACUAGUUGCACUACCUACCUCACAGGGCUGUUGUGAGGGAAGCGCUAUAUAAAAAGCUGUUACUCCA